AUGGCUGAUCUCGAGUCCCAUGCUCAUUCGAUCCCCGGGAUCUCAUUGGAUUCGCUGGUGUCCAGCGAGGCGAGCUCCGUCGGGGCAGCAGCCCAGCCCGAUGCAAACCGCCCCGCAUUGACGGUGGGCAUCGACUUCGGGCAUGGAGACUUGACCGGUAGUGCCCUGCUCCAGAGUGGGAGCUCGGCCAUUCACACGAGCUCCCCAAUGAUGACCACGGCCCCCAGCACCCCGGCCGACAUCCCGAUUCUCCCUUGGGACGCCAGUCGAGUGCAGGAUGAGUGGCGGCAGCGGGACCAAGUCCGACGCCGGCGCGGGCCCGCUGGCAUGCCCUUGCCACCGGCCGUGUCCGGCAGUGAGCGCCGGGCCCUGCGCAAUUUCGACGCCUUCCCGAAGGCUGACCCGUCGGUGCAAGAAACCUCGCGCGCCAGUGGACUCGUGUCGGCCGGGCUGCUUUUGUGCCUGGUCCUGGUGGGGCUCUACGAGUGGAACGAGUAUGGCCGCGUCAUUCGAACAUACUCCUACUCGAUCGACACCUCGACGCACAAGGACCUGCCUUUGACAAUCGACUUGUGGAUGGGCAUCGCUUGUCAAGAUGUCGGCGUAUUGACGCAAGACAUCACCGGCGAGACAACGGACAUCAGCGGGCGGUUCAAUAUGGAGUCGGGCUCCUUCCUGGCCCCUCACUCGGGGGAGAUCUUCAUUUCGCCCGAGUCCCGGACGGCCGACUUCUCCCGGCCUGCCACACUGCAGGGCAGUGACCUGUCCGGGAGUGUGGUUUCUUUCCAGGCAGCGCCGACCAGCGGUUGUCGCAUUCGAGGGAAGACAUUCAUCAAGAAGCCUCGGGCUCAGCUUAUCUUCACGAGCAAGGCCAUCCUCGAUCGGAGCUACCAUGAUGGGCACCAUAUGGACGACCUGGCCUCGCUCUAUGGCAUCAAGCACACCCAGGCCCAAGGCCAGGGGCAUGACCGAGGCGACGACCAUGGGGGCCACAUGGCCCCGAUGAUGGGUAUGGGGGAUCUGCACAUCGGUCGGAACCGGGCCCGGCACGGGCAUGGCCACGGGCACGAUCAUGGCCACGGGCACGGUCAGGAUCAUGGCCACGAUCAUGGCCAUGCUCCCAAGGCCGAGCGGCGACACUCCCGCCGGGAGGAGGGCGACAAUGCGGAGGCCGCAAGCAGGGGACACCGCGGUCAUGGGCACGGCGGGCCGGCCGCCAACCGGCCGAUUCCCCAAGCAUCCAUGGCCAAUGAGGAGCCCCUGGCAGAGGCCACGCAGCGCCACAUGGCGGCCAGCCCGGUGAACAUGACCCACCGGUUUAACGCCCUCGCUUUUGGCCCGCGCUUCCCGGACCUCGAAGCCCAGCUGGAUGGCCUGAUGGCCACCCCGCCGAAGUCCCAGUACAUGUACCGGUACUUCCUGGACGUGGUGCCCACCCUGUACUGGGACCGGACUGGUCGUCUGACCUUCUCCCCGGAAGAAGUGUGGCCCUUCGCCGCGGCCGCCAGCCAGGGCCGGCCGACAUCCAUGGUCCAGUCGGCGCAAUUUGCUUUCAACCUUUUCCACCGGCCGGUGGAUGUGCAUUCCGGCAACACCGGCUUCGCAGGCAUCGUGUUGUCCAUCAAUUCCGAGCCGCUUCGAGUGAUGAUCUCCGACCAGUACGCUCGGUCCAUGGCUGACUCCUGGAUUAGCGGGCUAUUCAGCAGCGGUGCCGGUGGCAGCGGCAGCAAUCUUCGCGAGGGGGGCAAUUUUGAUGCCUCCCGCGAGGCUGCCCGACUCAUGGACAACCUGUGGGGGAUGUCCACGUCGGUGGGCGAGCGCCUGACCGCGUCGCUCCUGGAUGGGCCUCUUCGGCUGCUUGUGCGGCUGAUGGCCAUCGGCGGGGGGCUGAUUUACUUUUCCCAAAUCCUGGCCCGUGUUUCCAUCCACCUGGCCGGGCGCCUGGCCGCCCGAGGCGGCCAUGCCACGGGCAAGAUCCACAGCAGCUGA